AAUAAAAUGACGGGGUUCGAAAAAAUGAGUAGAAUCGGACGAACGGUCGAACGUUCGCGUGAAGAUAUAUUAAAGCGUUAUUUGAAAAUGUGUCCAACAUUUUAUCACAUUUGUUAUGAUCCUCUCGGUACUCAUAAAAAAUCACGUAGCUUUAUAGGAUUUUUAAUGGGUAUCUUUCUCGGUAUUAUUUUUUAUCGAACAAUUAUCUUCCAAUUAAAAUUUGAUCGUUAUACCACUGUAUAUCUUGGUAGUAUUAUUAUCCUUAUAUUAUCUAUCGGUUGUGCUACGUCUGUUCAGAUAAGAUGCAUCUGUAUUCUUUCGUUUCCUGCAUUUUUCGGUCGUGCCGGACGUAUUAUGCUGAGAGCAUUGAUACUUGGAUAUAUAAUCGCUGGACCUAUUUUUAAUAUGACAUACAAUGGGAAAGAAGUUAUAAGAAGUUUUGCUUGUACGGCCAAAUUGACGUAUAAUUUGACUAAGACUCGAGCUGAUCUUAUGUUCGAGCCUUUUCAUCGGGCCAUUUUAGAAAUGAGAUCGAACGCUGGCGAGUUAAAGGAUGCUUUAUCAUCGGUUAGAGAUCUGAUGAGUCCGAUAGUGGAGGAGAUCGAAGGAGAGGAAGAGAUGAUGAGAUUGAAAGAGGAGAAUGAUUAUCUCGAUGAAAUUCAAGGGGAUUCUAAGAGGAGCGAAGAGAUCGAGGAUAAGCGAAAAAAGGAGAUGAAAGAUGCCAAAUCGGAAGCUGAAUUUUAUUCGGUCAAAUAUAAGAUGAAAGUUGAAGCACGUUGCGAGGAACAACUUAGCCGUGGUGCUGGUAGAUGCAGAGACAUGUUCGCCGAUGCUUACGACAAGUGUUAUAACAAGGUAAGCGUUUUUGCAGCCUGGCUAUUAUGCUGGCCGAUGAAGUUGACGUUCGUUUGCAAUCUCGUACAAGCUUUGGGUGGAGCUAAUAUAUGUGAUCCUGAUGGACAAGUCGAUGUUGGUGUUGGCGAUGGUUACGUAGCAUUAAAAAAUACUCGAAAUAAAUUUAGUGAAAGUUUGAAGGAUGCGAAACUUCAAUACAAAUUAAAGAUUGCGCCGCCCAUAUUAGAUAUUCAUGAUGCCGCGACCGCUGCAAAAGCAAUAAUGUAUGAUUUCAACGUCAGAAGGAGAUACUUCGAAUCGGUGAUGAUAUUUGCAAAGAGAUGUUUAUCAUUAAUUUUUCUGAAAAUUAUAUUGAACGCUCAAAAGUAUCACGACAGUUAUCUGACCGAUAUAGAGUUUGAUAACAUUUACGUGACACGUUAUUUUCGAAAGAUCGAUGCUAGAAGAAAAGCUCGUGGUAGCAUUACCUUGUUACCAUUAAAGAAGGCCGAGAGAACUAAUUUUAUCGAUCCUUACGGUUUAAAGACGAGCAAAGCCGAGAGACAACAUAUCACAGGUGAAACGUUGAAACUCCUUUUUGAAAUAAUCAUAGCUACGAGUUUCAUACUAAUGGACAGAUUAUUCUUCGAAGCACUCGAUUUGAUUCGCCGUCAUUCACGAUUGGAAUUUACUCAGGUUGGUCAUCACGAUCUGAGUUUGCAGAUUAAAGGUACAGGUGUCAUAGCUUCUCUGAUCAGACAUUUGAUCAAUGGUUUCAACGUGAAGAAACACACGAAAACUGUUAUAACUAAUGCACCAUGUUUACCAAGACCAACCGAAUUGCCAAGUAAUCUAAUACUUCAGAUUUAUUGUACCUUCCUAGCCGUUUUCAUCUUAAUCUAUACGUCCGCUUAUACUCAGAGGACGCGUUUCUUUAUUUGCUCGUUUUUUUAUCGGACUCGUCAAAAACGACGUAUAUUAUAUCUAUACAACGAAAGUUUACGUCGAAGACACGGUUACGUAAAAUUUACGAAAGCGAAGAUUAUAGCAUUGGCUAGGACACGACAUUUGGAACAAGAGAUCUCCUUCACAAUGGCCUUAAGGAAAGAAUGGCCGAAACUUUUCGGCUGGUUAAAAUUAUUCGAAUCGGCAAGAGAAAAAUGUUUAGUUUGCGGAGAGGUUGAACCACGAAGGGGUAUUAAAUUUCGUCGAUGUACAACACCAGGUUGUCCUUUCGUUCAUUGCGAGGAAUGUUGGAGAGACAUCGGACAAAUUUGCUAUGCCUGUGCCGAUGUUUGUGAUACCGAUUCGGAAGAACCAAUGGAUGAGUCUGAGUCAACGGAAUGAAUAACAACGAGCUGUUAUCUCUCUCUUUCUCUUUCUCUCCCUCUCUUUUUCUCUCUCUUCGAUCCUUCUCUCUGACGUGACCUUUGAAAGUCGUUGGAAAAUCACAAAGACCGAGUUACGAUACGAUUUCAAGUUUACAUUUUAUAGUCUCGAAGUAUCAUCGUCUUAUUGAAGACGUUGAAAUCAUCAAAUUAAAUAUUCCAUUCAUUAGAUCCAUUAGCACAAUCAGGAAAUCAUUCUGAACGUUAACUAUUUUAUUUCUAAUACUUCGUGAGACUUCUUUGUUAAAUCUAUUUUUAAAUUAGAAAC